AUGUGCCCAUCAAUAGUCAUCGCACUUGAAGCUUCGAGCAAUUGGACUUGCCUUCCGCCGACGGGAAUAAACACACUCUUUUGGAUCAUGUGGGCGUUGUGGAACACACGAAACCAACUCUUAUUUGAGUCGCGUCACCAAUCACCCUCAGAAGUGGUCUCCAAGGCUUUGGCAGCAGCUAGGGAAUGGCAGCUUGCUCAGAACCCAAUCGACACCUCACGUAAUGCGCAAAAGGAGCCAUCUAUCACUCUGACACCGACGAUCCCCUCAGGGACAAUCCUAUGCAAUAGCGACGCAGCGUGGGAUAAGAACUCGGAAUCGACGGGACUUGGAUGGAUCUUUACAUCUCCAGGAACCCCAACUCUUCAAGGCGCCCAAUUUCAGACUCACGUGCAAUCGGUCCUCUUGGCUGAAGCCCUAGCGGUACAAUCUGCCCUCCAACACGCCAUUCGUCUUGGCUACACACAAAUCUGGCUUAGAUCAGAUUCUCUUGUGCUCAUCAGAGCCAUCACUUCGAUCAACAAACCGAAGAUCAUCCACGGAGUUUUCUCGGAUAUCGGAGCUUUAUCACUUUCCUUUGCUUUCUGUUUUUUCUCUUUUAUUCCUCGGGAGUUUAAUGGACCUGCGGACCACUUAGCAAAAAGUUCUCUUUGUAACCGGGCCUCCUUGGGCCUAGACUUCUAG